AUGCAAGAAUCAGAUAUUGAAUCUCAAUUUUUAUAUCAAUCUAUUGUCUAGCAAUAGGAGGGUGUGGAAGAGAAACAAAUAUUGAUGAGUAGAUUGACUGAAACCAAUCACAUUUAGGAUGAAUCAGUUCAAAUCAAUUUAGAUUCUGAGAUUAUCACUUAGUUAAGGGAAGAAAUUGUAGAGUUGCAUAAAAAAAAUCAAUAUUUAACAGAUCAAAUUAACGAGAGAGAUAAUCAGAUUGCUCAAUUAAAAGAGAAGUUGUAAAGAUAAACACUCUUGAAUGAGGCAUACCAAAUUGCAGAAGUGUAACUCAAACAAUAAGUUGAGGAGUUGAAGAAGAAAGUAACAGAACAAUAAGAGUAAACACCUUCUCAACUGGAAAAUUUAUCCAAGUUCAAUUUUGAUUUCAGUUGGGUCAAUCACAUGGAAAGAGAUCUCUCACAUGAUGGUUUAUUGGAGCGAUAUGAUCGUUACAGAUCCAACAAGAGGUUAGCACCAAUUUAAAUUAAGCCAUAUUCAGAAAAGUUCAGAUACAACAAUAAAUAAAAUAGCCCAUACUUUGAAUAGUCACAAUAGACAGAGAGAACCUAAAAUAUACAGAAGAAGAGAAUCAAUUAAAAUAAAAAAUGA